AAAACACAGAGAAACAGGCUACACACGUCUGCUCAUGCGCGGUAUUCAUCAUCAAUCAGGGGUCAAUGAAGAGGACGCUGGUCAUCAUAUUUCAGGCUCUGCUGUGGCCUGCCGUUUCAUCAGCCUCGUUUACAGUCAACGUACCGAAAAGCACUUAUGAAGCAGAGCUCAAUGGAGACGUCGAACUGGAGUGUGUGUUUUCUGCGGUUAAAAGUCCUUCUGACAUUACUGUCAUCUGGAGCCGUGUCAAUCCCAAGCCAGACGUCAACAUUUACUGGCUGGACAAAGGCAAAGAAAAUCACAAUCACACCAGCUCUGCAUUCAUCAAGCGCGCACAUCUCAUCUCCCAUCUGCUGAGAGAGAAUCGAGCUGUGUUACAUUUAAAGAAGCUCCGGAUAAAAGAUUCAGGCACAUAUCAGUGUAUCGUGGAGGGAGAUGAAAUCGACUACAAGCAGAUCACACUCAGUGUUACAGCUCCAUUUUCUCCCAUAAGGAAAAGCCUCCAGAAAGCAGGAGAGGACGAGGUAGAGCUUUCCUGUGAGUCUCGGGGAUUCCCAUCCGCUCAGGUUUACUGGAGCGACGGUCAAAACUUAAACCUCACACAGUUCUCCAACACCUCAGUGAGCUCCACCGAUGAAGAUCUGAUCCUCAUCAUCAGCAAACUGAACGUGAAACGAGAGCUUGUGAACAACUACACCUGCUCUUUCCUCGUGAAGGGUAAAAUACAGCAGACAGCAACAUUUCGCAUCCCAGAAGAAAUCCCUCUUCACGGUUCUGCUCUGUUUGUGUGGAUUGGAGCCGUGAUCGUUGUGCUUUUAGCCGUCAUCUUCAUCUCCAUUAUUCUGCAUAGGAGAAAAUAUGGUCAGAAAAACAGAAGAAAUGAAGCCUCUAAAUGUGCUUUCCUCUUCCCACAUUCAUCCUCUGUCAACUCUGACUCUCUACUAACAGUGAACGAGAACAGGACACACACACAGGAGAAAUCCUCAGCAGAAAAAACUGCGUCUCUGAGGGAUUCACUGACACAACAGUAUUCCCAGCUGUACACAGAGACAGAGAUGAAGAGGAAACUGAGGUCAUAUGAGCUUCGCAGCAGAGAUGGUCGAUCUGUAAACAUCAGCUCCGUCAUUCCUGAAAAAGGGCAGAUUCUCCUCCUCCUCGGAGACUCCGGCUGUGGGAAAACUACAUUCACCCAAAUCCUGUCCUCCAGCUGGGCGACACGUCUCCAGACAGACCCGUUUAACACGUGCCGGCUCCGUCUGCUCCUGCUGCUCCACUGCAGCCAAAGUAAAGGAGAUUUAAACCAGAUUAUUAACUCCAGCGUUCACUAUGAACGACCAAUGGAUGUAAAGCAGUCUCUUAAAGGAACAGAGGACUGUUUGCUGAUCCUGGAUGAUUAUCAAGAGGGAAAUAAAGACUUUGAGGAGUUUUUAAAGCAACUUCAGACGUGUCGAGUGUUAAUAACCUCACGUUCUGGAGUUUGUCCAAAUCUGGAGAAAACAGUAAGGACUGUAUUGCAUCUCAUUCAUAAACCUGAAGAGUCUGAAACAUGUUGAUGCAUGCAUUUGUAUUUGCAAAGACUGUGAUACAAUUGAGGCAUUCAGCGACUCAACAAGAAGGGGCAAUGCACACAAGAAGUCCUAAUUAUACAAAGCAACUGUGUUAUAUUAUAUAUAUAGAGAGAGAGAGAGAGAGAGAGAAAGAAAGAAAGAGAGAGAGAGAGAAAGAGAAAGAGAGAGAGAGAGAGAGAGAAGAGUGUUUCUACAGGUGGUUUGUCAAGCCCACUCACCCUGUGUGAGGCGCAAUUCAUUAAUGCACAAUGGUUCGGCCCGGUGGCUCAGCGCUUAGCAUUUUCGCCUUAUAGCUAAAAGGUUGCUGGUUCGAGUCUCAUCUGGGCUAGUUGGCAUUUCUGUGUGGAGUUUGCAUGUUCUCCCAAUGUUGGCGUGGGUUUCCUCCGGGGGCUCCUGUUACAAUGCAAACACAUGCGCUAUAGGUGAAUUGAAGAAACUAAAUUGGCCGUAGUGUAUGAGUGUGUGUGAAUGUGAGAGUGUAUGGGUGUUUCUAGUACUCUGUUGCAGCUGGAAGGCAUCCGCUAUGUAAAGCAUAUGCUGGAAGAAUUGGUGGUUCAUUCCACGGUGGCGACCCCUGAUAAAUAUGGGUGUUUCCUAGUACUCAGUUGCAGCUGGAAUGGCAUCAGCUGUGUAAAGCAUAUGCUGGAAUAGUUGGCGGUUCAUUCCCCUGUGGUGACCCCUGAUAAAUAUGGGUGUUUCCUAGUACUCGGUUGCAGCUGGAAGGGCAUCCGCUGUGUAAAGCAUAUGCGUGAAGAAUUGGCGGUUCAUUUCACGGUGGCGACCCCUGAUAAAUAUGGGUGUUUCCCAGUACUCGGUUGCAGCUGGAAGGGCAUCCGCUGUGUAAAGCAUAUGCUGGACGUAUUGGCGGUUCAUUCCACUAUGGUGACCCCUGAUAAAUAUGGGUGUUUCCAGUACUCUGUUGCAGCUGGAAGGCUUCCGCUGUGUAAAGCAUAUGCUGGAAGAAUUGGCGGUUCAUUCCACUGUGGUGACCCCUGAUAAAUAUGGGUGUUUCCCAGUACUCGGUUGCAGCUGGAAGGGCAUCUGCUGUGUAAAGCAUAUGCUGGACUAGUUGGCGGUUCAUUCCCCUGUGGCGACCCCUGAUAAAUAUGGGUGUUUCCUAGUACUCGGUUGCAGCUGGAAGGGCAUCCGCUGUGUAAAGCAUAUGCUGGAAGAAUUGGUGGUUCAUUCCACUGUAGCGACCCCUGAUAAGUACGGCACUAAGCUGAAGGAGAAUGAAUGAGAUAUGGAGGGAUUGUAAGAAAGUGUCUAGUUGCAAAUGUGCAAAAAUGUUUCUGCAGUUGAACUCGGGAGGAUAAAUCUGCUUUCGCUUAUUGGGAAUGUUUUGGUUUCCGGUUUGAUCUGGUUUUCAGUAAAUGGGAGUCGUCUGGCUGCAGAUCAAACCGUUUCGCAAGACUUUAAUUCAGCUGUAAAUUUUUUAUAAGGCCAAGUACGGGAAAGGAGAAAUGAGAUCAUGGUUAUUCAAUACUACAUUUUAAAGACGUGUAGCCUACAGCUGUUGCUAUAGUUAACUAAUAAAUUACGUUUUGUUGUCAUAAAAGAGGUUUAAUCAGUAACGUUAUAGUACUCAUUUUUGACUUAAAUAAAAUGAGUUUGUUUUUAGGUUAUAUGUUGUUGUUUUUUUCUGAAGAAUUUUCUGCAAAAUGUUGUUACUGAAUAGAUCUAAAAAAUUGUAAAUAAAUAAACUAUAUUUUUUCUUAUGAUGUUGCCAGAUAUUUGUCUUAUUAUAGGAAUAAACUUGUUUAAUUUUUAAGCAUAUGUUUACAUAACGAGCCUCGGCUGGGUCAGUUGGCAUUUUUGUGUGGAGUUUGCAUGUUUUCCCCGUGUUUCCUCCGGGUGCUCCGGUUUCCCCCACAGUCCAAACAUGCGUACUGUAGAUUAAUUGGGUAACUUACACUGUCUAUUGUGUAUGUGUGUGAUUGAGUGGGUAUGGGUGUUUCCCAGUGAUGGGGUUGCAGCUAAAAGGGCUUCCACUGCGUAAAACAUAGGCUGGAUAAGUUGGCGGUUCAUUCCGCUGUGGCGACCUCAGAUUAAUAAAGGGACUAAGCCAAAAAGAAUGAAUGAAUGAAU